GAUUACCCCGCCUUUUAAAUCCCAACCUUCCUCUUUCAACUGCAUUUUGUACUGGCUCUUCCGACCACUAUAUAUAUAUAUAUAUAACAAGUAUUUUGUAUAUUCAAUGGAACAGAACGUAUUCUGCGUGGAUGCAAGACUCAUGACCCGUGUCUGUAUUUUGUAGCUUGAGGUUCUCAAUUUAAUUAUGGAGUUCUAAAAAAACCAUUGGAUUUUGGGGGGGAAGGGCCCUUUCCCCUCAAGUUGGACGAUUGGACUGCUGUGUAGUCCUAUUAUGUAAAUAUCAGAGGGUUGGUAAAAUUGUUGCCUUUUGUAAAUAAUAACAAUGCAAAAAAAAGUGAAUUGAAAUAGAAGUAAUUUUUUGGUAACUGAUUCAGGUGUUUGUACACAUUUUUUUUAUUAAAACCUAUAUCAAUUAGUAUAUAAUAAGCACUACAUGGCGUUUUACACUACAAGUACCUUAGGUUGUACUUCAUUGUCUGUUAGGAUGGUGGACUGAGUUGAGCCAACAAGGCUCUGGGGUUGCUAGGGUGCAGUGAAAUUUCAACACAAGCACAAUUCUAGCACCCCAAAACUAUCUCAACCUACCCCUUAUUAUUAUUUCUAUUUUAGUACUUCUUCAUGAGUGCAGCUAUUGAAAGUUUGAGAUGAGGGACUCAGGUUAAUGUUCAGGUUUUCAUAAUCACAAAGUAUUCUUGGCAUUAUUUAGGGUUGAUAGAGUUUGUGGCUGGUGGGUAACUUGCUGUCACUAGGUAAAAGCUGUUUGAUAGUGAAGGGAAGCUUGGUGUUGUGCCUGGAGCCGCCGGGAUGAGUCCGCUAAUACCUGAAUGCACAGCGAAGUGCCGCUCAACGCAACACGCGGACGAAGUGGUGGCGGUGCUGACCUGCUGCUCAGAGAAGCGUCUUCAGGCGUUUCUGAGCGCACACUGCUACAACGCAGCCACCCUGAAGGACGCCUUCGGACGCACGGCCCUGCAUCUAGCGGCGUCAACGGGCAAGAAGGCCCUACUGGAGUGGCUGGUGGAGAGUAAGAACGCGGACCUGCUGGCUAAGGACAAGGAGUCUGGAUGGACACCUUUGCACCGCAGUGUCUUCUAUGGACAGAUCCACUGCCUAAUGGCUCUAGUCAAGCAUGGAGGUCUGCUGUCCUCACAGGACCGAGAGGGUCUCUCCGUCUUGGACUUAACUGUGAAGGACAGACCAGAACACGUGGUCUUCAAAAACACGGACCCAAUGGAGGUAUACACAUGGGGCAACAACACCAACUUCAGUCUAGGCCAGGGCAACCAGGAAAGCAGGCAGCACCCGGAACUUGUUGACUUCUUUGCGAGGAGUGGAGUUUACGUCAAGCAGGUGGUGCUGUCCAAGUUCCACUCUGUGUUCCUGUCCCAGAAAGGCCAGGUGUUCACCUGUGGACACGGUCAAGGUGGUCGCCUCGGGCACGGGGACGAACAGACAUACCUGGUUCCCCGCAUGGUGGAGGGCUUGACGUCCCACCACUGCACCCAGGUGGCCGCGGCCAAAGACCACACGGUGGUGCUCACCGAGGGGGGCUACGUCUACACAUUUGGCCUCAACACCUUCCACCAGCUGGGCCUCUCUCCUCCGCCUGCCUCCGCUUACGUCCCGAAGCAGGUGUUCUCAAAGAACCUGAAAGGCAGGACUGUGAUUGGUGUGGCUGCCGGAAGGUUCCACACAGUACUGUGGACCAGGGAGGCUGUCUACACGAUGGGCCUCAAUGGAGGACACUUGGGUUACCUGCUGGACCCCAACGGGGAGAAGUGUGUGACGGCCCCGAGGCAGGUGUCUGCCCUGCACCACAAGGAUGUCUCCAUUGCCAUGGUAGCGGCAAGUAACGGCGCCACCGUCGUUGCCACGGAGAAGGGCGACCUCUACCUGCUGGCCGACUACCAGUGCAAGAAGCUAGCGUCCAGGCAACUGAACAUCAAGAAAGUCCUGGUGAGUGGAGGCAGCCUGGAUCACCGCGUGGCCCCACAGACGCUGAACGAGGGAGUGGGAGAGAAGAUUGCCAUUUUGGCCCUGGAUGAAGCUGGAAGGGUGUUCUGCUGGCGUUCCUUCAGCGGCUCAGUGCGACAGUGUAGGUGGGCGUACGGACGGCAGGUCUUUGUGUCCGACAUCGCCCUCAGCAAGAACAACAUGAUGUUUGUCACCCAGGAGGGAGAGGGCUUUACCGGCGUCUGGGCUGGAGAAUACAAGAAGUUUGAUGGGAAGAAGGAUGGCAGUGUGGAGGUGUGCGGCGGCCAUUCCAGCGCUGCCACGGUGUACGAACGCAUUCGCCUGGAGAAGCUCCCGUAUGUCCACCGAGCAGUCGGCAUCACGUCGGACUCUAAAGGAAGCAACUUUGGAGUGCUACAGUCGGACCCAAAAACAAGCCUGUUUGAGAUCCCCAUCGUGUCCCCGUCCUCCUUCUCCCAACACUUCGGCUGCCUGUUGCAGGAGGCCGACGAGACGGACAGCAUCCACGACGUGACGCUGCAGGCCAGCGACCGCACCUUCCCCGCCCACAAGUACAUCCUGUCAAUGAGGUCCGAGUUCUUCCGGAAGCUGUUCAUGUGCGAAGGCGGCGGCGGCGGCAUGGAGGAGGCGGAGGCAGACGGCGAGGUGCAGGUGAGCGAGGACGCGGUGGGCUGCGACCUGGUCCUCCUGGAGAAGAUACCCGCAGACAUGCUGGAGCACGCCCUCAGCUUCAUCUACACCGACUCCUGUGAGCUGCUGCUGCACGGUACCAGGCCCACGGGCUCGGUGGCCACGCCGGACCACAGCCACUACCAGGACCAGGACACGGAGCAGGAGAGGCUGAUCAGCAGUCUGCAGGAGAUGGAUUUGAGGGGUCGCUCGGCCCUGGACGUCUACCGCUCCCUGGUCCCCGGCAGCCAAAGAGACGCCGACAAGACCAAGAAAAAUGCCCCCAAGCCCGGCAAGAAGGCCAAGGGGGCCAGAGGCGACGACAAGGCCGGAGCCAACGGGGGAGGCUCCAACCCUGUGAAGGCCUUACAGGGCAUCGCCAAAAAGCUUGGUCUGGCCAGUCUGUCUGCAAGACUGGACGGAGUCAAGUAUGAAAACGGGAGGAUCAACGUUGUUCACAAAAAGACGGGCAACAAACUCAAGUUCAACCAGAAAAAGUGCGCAUACCUAUGUGACGUCACUCUGAAGUCUGAAGAAGGAAAAGAGUUUCGCUGUCACAAGAGUGUGCUGUGUGCCCGACUAGAAUACUUCCAAAGUAUGCUUGGAAAUCCAUGGGUUGAGGCAGCUUCGUGUACUGCACUAGAAAUGCCAACAAGCUCAGAAAUUCUGCAGGUCAUUCUGGAGUAUGUUUACACUGACGAAUCCCCCACCAUCAAAGAGUGUCUGAAUGUAGAGUUUGUGUGCAGCGUCCUGGUGGUGGCUGACCAGCUGCUCAUCACACGUCUCAAGGAGAUGAGUGAGACUGCCAUCACAGAGAACUUGACCCUGAAGAAUGCUGCAGAGCUGCUGGAGUUUGCAGCCAUGUACAAUGCUGAGCAGCUGAAGCUGUCCUGCCUCCAGUUCAUUGCCCUCAACAUGGCCGCACUCCUGGAAGCCAAAGCGCUUGAUGUUCUCAGUGAUGAAGUGUUGCUGGAGCUGUCUGCAUCCUACAGGCGGAUGAUCCCAGCCAUGCAGAAGAGAGUCAUUACGCCCUACCUAGAUGCCCCAGACCUCCGCCCAUACGAGGAGGAGGACUCGGAGUCUGUUGUGUUCAGUCCCAAAACACAAAGCGAAUUGGAACCCUCCUGCAGAGAAACUCUGUUGAAGAAGGCCAAGGUGAAGGCUAAGAAGAAACCACGACGACGAUCGGAAAGUUCCGGAGGUUACACCAUCUCCGAUAGGAUCCAGUGUCCUCCCGUGGCAGUGGUCGCCCCGUGCCUGGUGACGUCCUGCGUCGCCACCUCCAGUGACUCGCUGCAGGAGCUAAUGACCUCUGACUCAGACGGCAGCUUUACCGGGGCCGCCAGCCCCCGAGAUCUGCAGUCACCCGUCUUCCACGACAAGGUCGAGGUGGAGAAGGCCGUCUGUCAGAAGGCGCUGACCGUGCCCUGCUCCCCGACCUCGCUGGACAACGGACUUCACUGCUCUCCCGGUAGCGCAGCACCAGAACCCAUCCCCAAGACCCGGGCCAGGCUUGCAGGUCCAUUACCGAUCUUGGACCUCAGAACCAUCAUGCACAUGGAGGCUGGCUCUUUUCCCGCACCUGGAGCCACGCCCAGAAGCCCUGGAAGUGUGGGCGGUAGCAGUAAGCUGUCCCCUGUCCCAGCCAAGCUGUCCCAGAAGCAGAGAAAGAUGAUCGCCCAGGCUGCCAAGGAACCCCCCAGGGAACCGGGCGUGUCCAGAGCCGUCGCUGUGGUGACCCCCUCUAAGGGCGGAGCCAUGGCCUGGGCAACACCAGUGAAGUCGGCCCCUGCCUCCCGGUCUUUCCGGGACCUCCUGGCAGAGGAGGAGAGCAUUGUGGGUAGUGGAGCGGGGCAGAUGAGUGGGGGCAGCGACGGCCAAGCAACACAAGGGAGCCCGGUUACCAUGACGACCCAGAGAAGGGUCACUUUCAAAUGUGCUGAACCAAGUGAGCUUGAAAAAACGUCUGGGCCAUGGGUGCUGGGAGCGGUGGGCAGCCCCCCCCGGGCCUCCACCGUCCCCUUCACCGCCAUCCUGGAGGAGGAGAAGCAGCAGGAGGCCGCUCUGAUCCGCAGCCGGGAGAAGCCCCUGGCGCUCAUCCAGAUCGAGGAGUGUGCCAUCCAGCAGCUGCUGAUCCACUACAAAGCGCGGGACAACCCAGACGAGCUGAUCGUGGUGGAGCGGUCGUCGAUGGGUCCGAUCGCCACGCCCACCUGGAACAAACAACACUGACGACGAUCGCCCUGCAGUCAGGUGAAACGCAGGGCCCCCCCUGUCCCACCCCUCCCCAGCCCACCUCACGCUAGAUUGCACACGGGCUCCAUGGCGACGCUGCAACUGCAAGCCCUGUAGACCCGAGCUGAGACAUCAGCUGUUAUGUGUGUGUGUGUGUGUGUGGUCCAAGUAAUAGAAUGCAGACGCUAACUUUUUCCCCAAUUGUUAAAGGAAUGUGAUGCAAGAGAAGAAUAUAAUGCAUACUACAAUACUUGUAGCAACAGGGGUUUUGGAGGACAUGGUGGGGGUCAAGUUUACCACUGUUAGUGUUUAGCGAUGUUGGUCUGCCAAAGAUUGUCAGUGCUGGAGUCUAUUAGGUCUAUUGAGAAGCACAUCAGCCAGAUGUGUGCAGGUAGUCGAGGAGUGCCAUGUGUAUAUACAGAUGUGUCAAGAGUGAGACUGUGCCACCUGCAAACUAUUGAGAAAGUCGGUUUUUUCCCCUCCCCAUACAACUUGUAAUCUUAGCUCUAUUUAUUUUACAGUCAACAGUAGUAAUAGGUCAUGCUGGACCAGAAGCCCAUAGUUUGCUUGAAUCUUGAUGAAUUGGUCUCUUGUGUUAUAAGUCCAGCAGAUGCUCACGGUAGACUUACUAUAUUAAUAAGAGCAAGUUAUGUGCCUUUACCGCAUGUACACAGACCUGUGUGUGUGUGUGUGUGUAUGUGUAUACAGCAUUUAACAAACCCGACAUAACCACAUGAUUUCAUUGGUUGCUCCUCUUCGUUUAUUCUCCUGGAGCUGAUUGAUUCUAAAGCUGGAUAAGUACAUUCUACAUGGUUACAUGCCCUCCAUUCCAUGAUGACUUUACUGCAGGACUCUAGUUGACUUUGUGAGCAGAAGACUUGUAGCUGUGCAAAGCAAACGCCAUUCAAUAAAAAGAGCCCCUUUGUAGGGAAAAGCUG